GGCGGGGCAGGAAGGGGCGGGCCGGGCCGGGCCGGGCCGGGCCGAGGGCAGCGCCCGCGGCGGCAUGGGGGGCCCGCGGCGCCUGCUGCUGGUCUCCAACUCGACCCUGCACGGAGGGGGGUAUCUGGGCCACUGCCAGCAGCACAUCAAGAGCUUCCUCGGGGAGAAGGUGAAGCGGGUGCUGUUCGUUCCCUACGCCCUGCACGACCGAGACGCCUACGCCCGCACGGCGCGGGAGAAGUUCGAGAGCCUGGGUUAUGGGCUGGACAGCAUUCAUGAAUCUUGUGAUCCAGUAGAGGCUGUAAGGAAAUCUGAAGCAAUAUUUAUCGGAGGUGGGAACACAUUCCGUCUCCUGAAAGCUCUCUACGACAACAGUCUGAUACAGGAGAUCAGGAAGCGAGUUCUUGAGGAUGGGAUUCCUUACAUGGGAUCCAGUGCAGGAACUAACGUGGCGACCAUCAGCAUCAAUACUACCAAUGACAUGCCAAUUGUUUAUCCACCUUCCCUGCAGGCUCUAGGUUUAGUUCCUUUUAACAUUAACCCCCACUACCUGGACCCAGAUGUUAAAAGCACUCACAUGGGCGAGACCAGAGAGGAAAGAAUUCGCCAAUAUCACGAAGAACCAAACACCCCUCCAGUUCUGGGCUUGCGGGAAGGUGCGAUGCUGCUAGUGGAAGGAGACAAAGCCACCUUGCAAGGAGUGACAGGAGCACGUCUGUUUUUGAGGGGCAAAAAACCAACUGAACAUGAGCCUGGAACAGAUUUCAGUUUCCUCCUGAUUGACAGUAAUCUCCAGAAUCUGUAGCCUUGCAUAUAUUCUGCAGCAAAAUUCACUAUAUGAGAAGACAACGAAGAGGAAUGAAAUAGAUGCUUCUAGUCUCAGGGUGGGUGGAGAACCUUGUCUUUAUUUACAAAGAUAAAUAAGUAUUAGUGGCCUCUUUUCGCUACCCUAAUUUGUGUCUCAGACAUCUCCCCUUUCCAGUAAAAUCAAUUUUUAUUGCAAUACUUGAGUAAUCAUAGCUAUUCUUAGUCUGAAAGGGUCUGUACGUUCAUGCAUCCACUUUGAUUCCUUCCCCACCCAAAAAAAAAAAAAAAAAAGUUACUUUAACACAGUUAAGACAGGACACCAAGUCAGCUGUUCCUGCUGCCUAGCUUUGCCUGCUAAAUGAAAUAAUUGUUCAAUUAGUGUACUCAGUUUCAUUUUUGCACUAUUAAUAAAGGGAGAAUUUAUGCAUUCAA